AACACCGACCAGUUCUCACCAUCAAAGAUUCAAGAUGUCGCACCGCAAGUUUGAGGCGCCACGACAUGGCUCGCUGGCUUUCUUGCCACGAAAGAGAGCUGCCAGACACCGAGGAAAGGUCAAGAGCUUUCCAAAAGAUGACCCCAAAAAGCCUGUUCACCUUACAGCUUCCAUGGGGUACAAAUGUGGAAUGACUACCAUUGUCCGGGAUCUGGAACGACCAGGAGCCAAGAUGCACCGCAAAGAAAUCGUCGAGGCUGUCACUGUCAUCGAGACUCCUCCAAUGAUCGUUGUCGGUCUUGUCGGUUACAUCGAAACUCCUCGCGGCCUCCGAUCCCUCACGACGGUCUGGGCAGAACAUCUUAGCGACGAGCUGCGACGAAGAUUCUACAAGAACUGGUACCGAUCGAAGAAGAAGGCUUUCACCAAGUACGCCAAGAAGCACUCCGACAACAAGGGUACUUCGGUUACUCGCGAACUCGAGCGCAUCAAGAAAUACUGCACUGUCGUCCGUGUCCUUGCUCACACCCAAAUCCGCUCAACACCUCUCAAGCAAAAGAAGGCGCACUUGAUGGAGAUCCAGAUCAACGGUGGAAGCGUUGCGGACAAGGUCGACUUCGGCCAUGGUCUGUUUGAGAAGCCAGUUGAGAUCGAUACCGUCUUCGAGCAAGAUGAGAUGAUUGAUGCCAUUGCCGUCACCAAGGGUCACGGUUUCCAGGGUGUCACCAGCAGAUGGGGAACCAAGAAGCUGCCCAGAAAGACACACAAGGGUCUGAGAAAGGUCGCUUGUAUUGGUGCAUGGCAUCCUUCCCACGUCCAAUGGACUGUUGCCCGUGCUGGUCAGAUGGGUUACCACCACCGUACUUCCGUCAACCACAAGAUCUACCGUAUUGGCAAGGGCAAGGACGAGAAGAACGCCGCCACCGACUUCGAUGUUGUCAACAAGCAGAUCACACCAAUGGGUGGCUUUGUCCGCUACGGUGAGGUCAAGAACGACUUCGUUCUCCUCAAGGGCUCCGUUCCAGGUGUCAAGAAGCGAGUCAUCACUCUCCGAAAAUCCAUGUUCCCUCACACAUCCCGCAAGGCACUUGAGAAGGUCGAGCUCAAAUGGAUCGACACUUCUUCCAAGUUCGGUCACGGUGCAUACCAGACUCCUCAGGAGAAGAGACAGUUCUUGGGUACGCUCAAGAAGGAUCUUGUUGCUGCUUCGUAAGGAUUUGGGUUUGGUGAAGGACAAUGGAAGCUGAAGAGAUGAUGUAUUUGUGCCUGAACACAGGUGGGAUGCUCCAAAAUGAUACCACGUGCCUUCCUGUUUGAGCGGAAGGUAACGGAGCAAGGGCAAAAUAGGAACGGUAUCAUCCUCGAAUGAAAACUAACUGCAAUGACUCAACAUACA